AUGACACAACAGGAGUUUUUAUCAGAGGACCAUUUCCUACUAACCGAUUUUGUCGGACAGAGGUUUUACCAAGUGGAAAUAAACACUGGAAAAAUAUGGGGGACUUUUCGACCGAAUGCUUUUUCAACAGCCCUCGCCGUGGAUCCUGAGAAUAAGAAAGUCUUCUGGUCUGAUUAUCUGCGGAAAGAAAUAAGGUCGAGUUACCUGAAUGGGAGCCAAGCCACCACCCUCAUUACCACAGGUCCAGAGCACGCUGGUCGUCUCGCCGUUGAUUCUGUCACCGGUAACAUUUUCUAUUCAGCCUUUAACCGAGCAAAGGGGAAUCACACCAGGAGUUACAUUGCUGUAGUGUCAGCCGAUGGCCAGUCUAGAAGAAUGAUAGUAUUUGGCUUGAACUCCCCACGAGCUGUGGCUUUACACCCUGGUCAAGGCGUCAUUUUCUGGUCUGACUAUGGACCAAGGCCUGUUAUUGAGCGUGCUAAUAUGGACGGCUCUCAGCGUGUGCCCAUCAUCAGCACCGACAUCACCCAGCCGAACGGGAUUGCGAUCGACUUGAAAACGAACCAGUUGUUUUGGGUAGAUGGCGUUCGGCACACGAUAGAACGAUGUUCCUUCCACGGCAUGGACAGACAGAAGUUACUACAUGACCCCUUUGCUCAGCCAAUGCAAAUAGUUCUCUACGGAGACAAGCUUUAUUACACUGGAUGGAAUAAACGCGGAAUAAUCGUCAUGGACAAAGCCGAUGGAGGAAACAGACGCUAUCUGAUGGAGUCGGCCAUAUUUGCUGAACUCUCCGACUUUGUUGUUGUUUGGUCGAAUAUGCAGGAGAAAGUGACCAACAUGUGCUCCGAGAAUAACGGAGGAUGUAGCUCUUUCUGUCUUCCAACUCCUAGUGGCAGGACGUGCGCGUGCACGGAUCGUGUUCUGUUGCAAACUGAUGACCGGACUUGUAUUGGAGAUUUACUUCCUGCGUUAUCAGCUAGUUCUCCUGAACCCAAAACAGACUCGAGCGACAAAACUGGGAAGAUUGUGAUAAUAGCGGCUUCGAUAUCAGCUGGUGUUGUCGUUGUUGUUGUCUCUAUCGUACUGGUUGUUGCCAUUGUUACCCUCAGACGCUGGAGAGCUAGCCUGCCGGAAGUCGCUGUAGGGUAUUCGCCCCAUACAUCACGGAGCACCGUGACAUCAUCGUCCGCGAAUCCAAGCACCACUGAUGACAUCCGCACGAAUAUCCCGAGCGUGAGCGUGUCGUCUCCAAUGUCCGUCCUCAACAGGUCACCAUGCCGGACGCAGCCAGCUAACCAAAGAGCUGAUCUCUCAUACCUUACUCCCUGUUUUUCAAAUGAAUACGCUUCUCCAGACGAAUAUUAUAACGAUGAUGACGCAAAGCUGGAUUAAAUUGUCGCAUCUUACAGAUCUUUCAUUGACAUGUUUCAGAUUCACAUAUUUAUGGCUAACUUUUUUUGCUCUGCAUAGACACUUGUAGUAAUACUUGCAUCGCUAGGCUCUCUGUUUUUGUCAUUGCAGAAUUGAAUUGCAAAAUAUUUGAUCGAUAUUGUGACAGUUAACCGAAUU